AAGAAGUGAACACAAAAUAAAAUAGAAAAUUAGAAACAUUAGGAGAAUAAUAUUUAAUAACAGGGGAAGGGCAUGGGAAUCGCAUUUAUAGUCUCCUUCUUCUCCUCUAUAUAUAUAAAUACUACUAAACACAAUUCCGAAGUGUGGUCUCAUUCAUCAUAAUAAUCAUAGAAUUUAACUUUUAAGCUAGAGAGAGAGACAAAGAAAGAGAAAGAAAGAGAGGGAUGGAAGAGACAAAAUCGAGAUUCAAGAGGAUCUGUGUCUUCUGUGGAAGCAGUUCCGGCAAAAAACCUUCAUACCAAGAAGCUGCCAUCCAAUUGGGUAACGAGUUGGUGGAGAGAAGGAUUGAUUUGGUAUACGGAGGUGGUAGCGUGGGGCUUAUGGGUCUCGUCUCUCAGGCUGUUCAUCAUGGUGGUCGCCAUGUUCUAGGGGUUAUUCCAAAAACCUUGAUGCCAAGAGAGAUAACCGGUGAGACCAUCGGAGAAGUGAAAGCCGUCGCUGAUAUGCAUCAAAGGAAAGCUGAAAUGGCUCGUCAAGCUGACGCCUUCAUUGCCCUACCUGGUGGGUAUGGUACGUUGGAAGAGUUGCUGGAAGUCAUUACAUGGGCUCAACUCGGAAUCCACCGUAAGCCGGUGGGUCUUCUUAACGUGGAUGGUUACUACAACUCGCUGUUAACGUUUAUAGAUAAGGCUGUGGACGAAGGAUUUAUAUCCCCAAUGGCUCGUAGAAUCAUCGUCUCUGCACCAAACGCUAAAGAGUUGGUUCGACAACUCGAGGAAUACGAACCGGAGUUCGAUGAGAUAACAUCAAAACUGGUUUGGGAUGAAGUGGACCGGCUCAGUUAUGUACCGGGUUCGGAGGUUGCUACGUAAAGGAUAACAUUAUGGGGGAGUUUAUUUUUUGGUAAAAGUAAAGCAGUGUACAGCGGAAAUUGAAGUUUUUUACCUUUUUAACAUCCAAAGGAAAAGGUCGGAAAGAAGACAAAAAAUAAAAAAAAGUAUUGGGGUCGUUUUGAUAACAUUAUUUUGUAGGGGAGGUUAAUGUGUGAAGUGGAUAAACCACGUGGGUAACUGCUAACCGCGUCUGUACCAAACCCCAUCAUCCCCACUUGUCUUUGUACAUUUUGGUUUAAUGGAAAAAGAAGGAUAGGGCUCUGUAUCUCAAGAAAAUGACAAAACGAUCCUUUUCUUUUGAAUA